AUGUAAUUGGAACCAGGUGGACCAGUUUGAAAUAUUUAAUAAUAAUUAAAAAGCCAUUAAUUUAACAAUUUACAUCAAGUCUGUAUCUGAUCAGCUGGUGUCUGAGGUGUGGGACAGGACUUCGCCUGCUCCUCAGCACGUUACAGCAGGUGAAGGACUCGGUGGGUCUUAGUGGAACUACAAGUCCCAGAGACCUCAGCAGCGUCAGUGGUCCUGGAACCACUGCUUAAUAACAUGGCAGCGCCGUCCAGAAACACACGCGAGCUGCUGGAGCGGUCUAUCCGGGACCGGGUCCCUCCGCUGCUCACCGACCUGUACCAGUUCACCAUGGCGUACGCGUACUGGCGCGCGGGUCGGCACCAGGAGCCCGCCGUGUUCGAGCUCUUCUUCAGGGACAAUCCGUUCGGCGGCGGCUUCUCGCUGUUCGUGGGUCUGCACGACUGUCUGCUGUUCCUGCGCAGCUUUCGCUUCACAGACGAAGAUGUGGAGUUCCUGCGCUCCGUCCUGCCCCCCACCACCGACCCCACCUUCUUCCAGUUUCUACGAAGCCUCGACUGUUCGGGCGUAACACUCCGCUCUGUCCCAGAGGGCACCGUGGUGUUUGCCAGGGUGCCACUGAUGGAGGUGGAGGGUCCGCUGGCCGUCGUUCAACUGCUGGAGACCAGUUUACUUUGUCUGGUGAACUAUGCCAGUCUGGUGUGCAGUAACGCUGCACGUUUCCGCCUGGCGGCCGGACCCAAGAGGAAGCUGCUGGAGAUGGGUCUCCGCAGGGCUCAGGGACCAGACGGAGGUCUCACCGCCUCGCGAUACACACACAUCGGAGGGUUUGAUCUCACCAGUAACGUUCAGGCUGGCUUCUUGUUUGGGAUCCCUGUCGCAGGGACAAUGGCCCACUCAUACGUCACGUCCUUCACCUCACUGGAGGAGGUGUGGCCAGAAACGUUGGUGGCAGCGGACAGCGACGCUGAUCCAGUCGAUGUCAUUUCUCUAGCAAAAGGCUGGCUGAGUCGAGUGUGUGAGCUUCUGGGAGCAGAGUCCGGGAAGAUCCGGGAGGGCGAGCUGGCUUCCUUCUUGUCUUACGCCAUUGCCUACCCUCAGAACUUCCUCCCUGUGAUUGACAGCUAUAGCGUUGGCUGCGGCCUGCUGAACUUCUGCGCCGUGGCGUUGGUGCUGUGUGAGCUCGGCUACAGACCUGUAGGAGUUCGUCUGGACAGCGGGGACCUCUGCAGACAGUCCAUCGAAGUCCGUCGUGUCUUCAGACUCUGCAGCGAGCAUUUCUCCGUCGCUGCCUUUGAUUCUCUGAUCAUCGUGGGGACAAACAACAUCUCAGAGCAAAGCAUGGCUGAGCUCAACAGGAAGGAGAAUGAGAUCAACAUUGUUGGUGUUGGAACACAUUUGGUCACCUGCACUAAACAGCCCUCUCUGGGCUGCGUCUAUAAGCUGGUGGAGGUAAGAGGAAGACCCAGGAUGAAGAUCAGUGAGGACCCAAAGAAAAGCACAGUUCCAGGAAAAAAAGCAGUGUACCGACUGAUAGACUCAGAGGGUCAUCCUUUUCUAGACCUGUUGUGUCUGGAGGUGGAGCCUCCUCCAGAGGCAGGACGUCCUCUGAGAUGUUACCCUCUGGGCUGCAAAAACUCACCUGCAUCAAUCACUCCAGCUCAGGUCACCUGUCUGCGCCAGGAAGUCUUCACCAAGGGACAGGUCACACAGCCUCUGUGCAGCGCUGCAGAAACUAGAACAAAGGUCCAGAGCUCCCUCCAGACUCUAAACCCCCGACAUAAAAGGCUGCAGGAGCCAGACUCCUACACAGUGGCGCUGUCAGAGAAACUCCACAACCUAGUCAAAGAGCUCCAAAAGUGCUGCAGCAGCAACAAUGACUUUCUUUUAGCAAAUUAAAAACUUUUUGUUCAUACUGUUUUCCAAAGUACCUUCCAGGAAAAUCAGUGUUGACAUUAUGCUCUACAAAUGGCGUCAGUCACUCACAUUUAAUACCUCAAAAACUUCCCUUAAAUAAACAGAACUUCUCAGUUUAGUGUGCUGGGAAGGCAGAUAAAGAAAUUUAAAUUAAAACAAAAAAAUCAGAUUAAAAUCUUUUUGUUAGUUUUAAUAAGAAGCUUCCAAACAGGAACAGAAACAACAAACACUCGGUGCCACAAAUCAAAGUGCAAACCACUUUGAUUCUCAGAUGUUGUUUUUUUCUUUUUCUUUUAUAAAUGAAUGCAAGUCCAGGACAAGAAUGAUGGUACAAUCUUUCUGCAAGUGGCAAGAAAAUUCUUUGCUUUUACAUGAUGUCACAUUUGUUUCAAUAAUUGUGCACAAGGUUUGAAUUACACUGGGGCUUACAAUGAACAAAAUUCUCAACAAAAA